UGCUUGAGGGACGCGAGCCGGGGGGGGAGGUGAAGAGAGUGACGCCGCCGACGCCGGCCAUCGGUAGCCAUGGCAACCAGAGCGGCCUGCCACUGUGGGGAGCGAGGCAGGCCCAGCCUGGCAGCUCGCGUGAAAGCCAAGCCGCAGGGAAAAGGAAGCCCGUGGGCUCCGGUGGCUCACCAGCGCUUUUACCACCGUGAUGACCAGCUGGGCAGACAGCUCUAAGACGUGUGUAGCAGAGCAGAUGGAGCUGAUCUGGAAUGGCAGUGGCUCCAACCCAGACUAUUCGGAAGAUACGUUUGAGUCAUUUAGUGAAGGAGAGGAAGAAACCUGUAGGCAGUAUGAGGAUGACCCAUUUGAAUCUUAUUACUCUGGAGAAGAAUCGGAGUGGCCUGUUGUAACCGAUCCAUCUGAAAGCACAUGGCAAUCAUCAAGUCAAACUGACGAAGGAGAGGGGCCAGAGUUUUUGGAUCCUACAGGGAAAGAUUUGACUAGAAGAUGGAUCAGCCUUCUGAAAGACAACAGAACUGACACAAAGAGAGUCAAACCUGCCAUUGUUCAAGGUGCAGCGUUGACAGGCAUUCGUUCGGUAUCUAAGAAAGAACGGGGAGCUCUACGAUCUUUUUGUGCUAUGAAGAUUAACCAGCUCUGUCAUCUGAGGAGUUCAGGGCCGUUGAAGGGGAUCAAGCAUAAUGUUCAGAAACAUGAGUUCACUUCAGAGAAACCAACAGAUCUGAACUGUAUCGUUCCUGAUCAGUUAGUGAGCAGGCUCCAUCUGAAAAAUAUCACGGAGACAAUGAAACAGCUGGCAGAAGUUGAAAUCCAUCAGCCUUCACGAUGCCCCCAUUGCCAGAAGAAAACAGAAGAGCUGGCCCAAGCAGCCUUCCUCCGACGAAAGAAAACUCUGGUAGAAGGAGUUCUGCUUCAAGAGAAGCUGGAAGAGCUACUCUACACUCAAGACUCUCUCACACUUAUUGGAGAAAUACACAAAAGCCUUCCUAAGCUUUCAGAAGAUCCCAGGAGCAUAUGGCGGGAACUGAACGAGAGAGGUCUGGAAGCGUAGAGUCUGAUUGUGUUGGAAUGCUAAUCAAAGUGGAAGCGACAAAGUUGAUUGUACAUACAGUGCACAAGAAAGCAAAUAGCCUUUGCGAUAUUGACACUGUCUUACCCUUGUCCGGGGUCCAACUCUGCGUCCUGUCUCACUGCAAAGAGAGCAAUGUGCUAUCGACUAACUCAAAACAUUUUUCAAAUUCUGAAGGGUGAUUUUUUAAAAUCAUUAUUCUGACAAGCCAUCAGUAUUGGUUUUUGUGAAUUUUCCUUUUCAAGGUUUGGGAGCAGCUCACAGCUGCUUCCACCGGUAAGGAAAACAAAUGACUCUAUUUUUUCCAGACAGGGAGGUGUAAUUACUGGGUUUCAGCUCAAUCUGUGCCUGCUGCUGUUUGUUAAAUUGAAAGCUGGAGGGCCAGGUAGAAGAAAAGAAAAAGAAGCUUGCAGAGGAGCAGUGAAAGAGGUAAAGUGCAGUGGUUUUAUAUCCCCGAAAACCAUCACAAUAUGAACUGGAAUUAAUAUGAACUGGAAUUAAACCCUAACCCAGAGGAUUCCAAGACAGCAAGCAGUGAUAUUAAAUUAGUAAUGUCAGACUGUGGAUACUGAGGUGGAGAGAGCAUAAAACCACUGAUAAAUUGGUAAUAAAAUCUCCAGAUAUAGA